AUUCAGGGGUGCCGGAUUUGUCUCGGAAUGGAGCGCAUGCUGGUGGGGCAUUGGCGUUGCCACAGCAAUGAUCACUGCGUUUGGGGGCGGCACCUAUUAUGCUCUCUUGAUGAAACCGUCGGGGGCGCGGAGCUUUGGAUGGCAGGAUCCACUAUCCGUUACUUUCGCUCUGGCAGGGUAUGUUGCCUCCUGCAGGCUGCCACAGGGUUGCCAACGAGAGACUCUCUUCGAGAUCUGGAUUGGCGUUGAGUGCGACGAGGCGUUUCGACUGUUUGAUUGCCUCAACUGUUCCAUCUUAGUUGCGUGGGGAGUCAGCAAGGCGCUCGUUGAUACAGCGGAGAAGGGCUCGAUCUCCCGUUUGCUUUGGGUACUAAUGGCAACUUACAUGUACAGCUUUGGUGGUGGAGUGACACGUGACCUCGUUGGCAUGGCCCUUGGCGUGGUUCCCACAGUAGGCAAUUUCUCUUUGGAUGUGAUCAUACCUGCGAUGCUCGGGACGUUGCUCUACUAUACGGUCCUGGUUAUGCGGUGUCCUCCACUGCUCCAAUUGGGUGUUGGCGUCCCAGCGAUCUUCUAUACCUUCUACCAGGUGCCAACCAUUCUGGGCUGACUGUUCACCUCUGCUCUCGGAGUAUGCAGUUCCCGCGCCCUCGGCAUCAUCGCCAUCGUGGUUAUCGCAUCCUGUGUUCUACGGUGCAUGGCCAAUGCCGCUCCACAUUUGUUCUCUUUCCGUGUUUGGAAGCAGGUGUUUUCCAGCCACGCUGUGUUUUUCCCCCGUCUGACCGCGCUUACGCACUUAGUCAGCGCAACCUGCAGGCCUCGCACUGCGUCGCCAGCUUCCUCGCACACGAGCUUCAGGCUCGCCCUCAGCCGCCUCGAAUCGAAUCAUCAUCGCAACGUCGUGCUCACUGCCGCCUGCCAGCCGCCGCUUCGGGUGGCCACCUUGUCUGCGUGGGCGCCCGCACGGACCGACGCCUGCACCGUCGCCACGCGCCCAGGGUUGGCGGCUGCCUGCUCCCACGGCCGGCCAGGCUGGGCCACGAGACCUCGCGCGAGACCUCUUCAAACAGG